AAUUUUUCCUAAUCAGUGGCUCGCACUCAUGUUGGAUCUUCAAUCAUUUACUUAAACUGAAAUGAGAAAAUCGCAAAACUUUCCAAGUCCAGUACAACCGCGUACAAACGAUAGAACUAGUUCAUUUUCCACCAAACAAUGACCUGUUGGUUAUCUACCUACGACUUCCCAUAACUCAGUCAUCGAAAAUAUUUAUUCAGCCAUGGCAAGUCAAUCAAACGUGCAGAACUAUGACAUCCUCAUUCAGGAGAUCGAGGGCAUCGACGACUACCUGGGUCCCACAUUCAGAGCUAUUUAUGAUGGUCAUGAACAUCAAAAAUUCAUGGAGAAACUCGACGAGAGGGUCAAGAGUCAUGACAAGGACAUCGAGAGAAUGUGUAAUCAUCAUUACCAGGGAUUCAUCGAUUCCAUCAGGGAGUUACUGCAAGUUCGGUCACAAGCACAGCAGCUCAAUACAGAAAUACUCGACCUGGACAAUACAAUAAGUGCCUCAACGUCAAAAGUAAUAGAAAAAAGUGAGGAGCUCGUGAAGGCACGAAAAGUCGAGAGCAACAUAGCAGCGGCUAUCGACAGUCUCACCAUGUGUCUCCCAGUAUUGGCCGCCUACGCAAAGCUCCAGAGACAGCUGAAAGACAAACGUUACUAUCCAGCCCUUAAGACCCUGGAACAACUGGAGCACUACGAUCUACCCAAAGUCACCAAUUACAGGUUCUCUUCCCAAAUAACCGAACAGAUUCCACGGCUGAGGGAAAACAUCAAAGACGCCUCAAUGUCAGAUCUCCGAGACUUCCUCGAGAACAUCAGAAAAUAUUCCCCGAAGAUCGGGGAGGUGGCGAUGAGACACAGUGCCGAACAACUCGUCAGUGAGGCCGAGAUCAUUGGGAGGAAGAAGAAGAAAUUCCAGGUCAGGAGUUCAUCGAUCAACGAAGGGGAGGAGGAACUCAGUGCUCAGGAUCUCAUGGAUUUCAGCCCCGUUUAUCGGUGUAUGCAUAUUUAUACGGUUUUGAGGGAGGGGGAUGAGUUCAAGGCUUAUUAUCAGCAGCAGAGGAGACAGCAGGCCCGAUUGGUGCUUCAGCCUCCUGUUAAUAUGCAUGAGAGUAUUGUUGGCUAUCAAUCAUAUCUUUAUGGAAUCGUGGGAUUUUUCGUCGUCGAAGACCACAUAUUAAACACUGGAAAUGGCCUAGCCACUCGUUCCUACCUGGAGGACCUGUGGGCAAUGGCUCUUUCGAAAAUCGUCAACGCCCUGAGAACCCACUCCGCGUACUGUACAGACGCCAACCUCAUUCUAAAUAUAAAAAAUCUGAUAAUGCUGUUCAAUACAACUCUCAGGAACUACGGAUACCCAGUGGGACAACUGUGGGAUCUUCUCCAGGAAAUAAGGGUGCACUACAACGAGGUUCUCAUGCAGCACUGGGUCCAGUUAUUCAGGGACAUCCUAGAUGAGGACAAUUUCCUGCCAGUUCAGGUGUCGAAUCAGGAAGAGUACAAUGCAAUAGUGCAAUCCUUUCCUUAUCACGACGCAGAGCUCGAAAAAUCGGAAUUCCCGAAGAAGUUUCCCUUCUCCCAGAUGGUCCCCCAGGUGUACUAUCAAGUCAAGGAGUUCAUUUACGCUUGUCUGAAGUUCUCGGAAGAUCUGAAUCUCACGCAGACUGAAAUCGUUGAGAUGAUAACAAAAUCCACUAAUUUAUUGCUGACGAGAACAUUCAGCGGUUGUUUGUCGUCGUUGUUCAGAAAACCAUCGCUCGCUCUUCUGCAGGUGGUCCAGAUUAUCAUCAAUACAGGUUAUUUAGAGGAUUCAACGAAGUAUCUGCAGGAGUUUGUGAUUAACAUCACCGGGACAUCUCGGGAAGGACGUGAAGGACAAAUGAGCUGUGGAGGUGUGAAAUCAGCGAUGUUCCGUGUGGCCAGAGAGGACGCCGAGAAACAAAUCUGCGACAAAUUGAAGCGUAAACUCGACGAGUUCCUGGAGCUGGAGAAUUACGACUGGAAUUUAGCAGAACCCCAGGGCCACGCCUCUGGUUUUAUAACAGAUCUCAUAGCAUUUCUCCAGAGCACCUUCACGUGCUUCACGAAUCUCCCAGCCGAGGUGGCCCAGGUUGCCUGCAAAUCUGCAUGCUCCCACAUUGCCAAAGCAAUUCUGCAAAUCCUGGUCAGCGAGGAUUUGAAGCAAAUUUCCAUGGGAGCUCUGCAACAGGUGAAUCUGGACACCAUCCAGUGUGAACAGUUCGCAGCUUCUGAACCUGUUGCUGGAUUACCCGAGGGCACUCUCCUUCAGUACUUCUCGAAAUUGAGACAAUUGUUGGAUCUGUUCAUGAGCUGGGACUGGCCAACUUACUUCCACGAUUAUGGUCAUGAAUCUAGCAAAUAUAAUUUAGUUACACCAAAUAUGGCAGUUGAACUUUUGGAGAAGCUCAAGGAAUCCGACAAGAAGACUAAUGUUUUCUCGGUUCUGAAGAAGAGCGAGAGAGAUAAGAAGAAAUUGUUGGAGACUGUGCUCAAGCAACUUCGUCAAUUAGCUGUCACCACUCAGCAGUGAUUGGUGGAGGUUCAAGGAAAUUGUAAGACGUGAUGGGUCUAACAUGACAUGCUUUUUGAUGCUGUGUUAGUCUCAGAAAUAUGCCACAAUGUUGCUGAUGGUGUUGGUACCUCAAGGUACGGUGAAGGUAAAUUUACGUAUUGAGCACAGUUGAUAAUUUAUGGGGAAAUCCUUCGACGAAAAACGUCGAAAUUCACGUUUUCCUGGACGGAAAAAAAUGAAAUUAUUUAUGUAUAUACAACGAAUUUGUAGCUAUUGGAAUGUACUGUUAUAAUAAUGUUUACCGAAACUGACAGACGAGUGAAUUGAAUAAAGUUUAAUUUAGUUUACUACAAAAAAAA